AUGCCGACACUCGAUGAAAUCACCUACUCCCGCGAGGCCACCAUUGCCGCCGUCCGUGACUAUUACCAAUUCCUCACAAACAUGUUUCUACCAGAAGACUUCGUCCACGAACCGCCAGCUGAAGGUUGGCCAACCGUCUCAAAAGAAAGAGUCGCCGAGCUAGGCAAAAACGACGAAGUCUUCGAAUUGAUGCGUCGUCUUCCCUACGUUGCUAAGGAGACUCAACUUCUCGGCCACGCCUCGGUAGCAUACUGGCCUAAAUUGCUCACCGAUCAUGUAUGGUUGGGGGGAGUCACCCCGUUCAAUUCAGAAAAAGUCAGAAUCAUCACUGAAGGACUAGACUGGGAAGACGUACCUUCGUCAGCUUUUGGUCUCAUAUGCGGCGGCCGCAACAGCGAAACCUUCAUCCUCGACACGAAAUUCGGCACUGUCCACUGGUUAGAAGCCCCCGACUUUGACGAAAACCCGAUCAGAAAGCCCAUCACCGAGCCACCAGGCGGCUCAGAUCCUUUCGAAGACUGCACCCCUGAGAACGAACACGGUUGGCGGAAACCAGCAUGGAGCAUUCCCGACUUUUUCGAAGUCUUGAAAAAUGAACUCAGGACUUUGAAACAUGUGCCUGUGAAACCGCAUCAAAUCGACUGGUGGUUUGAUGAAUACGAAACAAAGCAAGAUCUCGACAAAUUUGAUUCCCUGAUUGUUGCGGUCAGGCAUGCAUACCAAGAGCACGGUUGGCCCGAUUUGUCGGUGUACAACAAGGAUAAAUGUCAAGAUGCGAUAUCUAGACUGAACGAAGAAUCCUCACAAAGGUGGCAGAAGCAGCAUGAUGAAAUGUUGAAACAGCGCUGGAAGCACCUCGAGACGCCGAAUACCGAACAAAAUACUGGUGAUCGAUGA